AUGCCCGAUGUCAUUAAUCUGGUCUCUUCGGACCCGCCGAGUCCGAAGAGACCACCGCCGCAGUCGCAACAGCCAACCAACCAGCUUCCCUCGCGGCAUCCCUCCCACCGUGAACCAAUCUCGUCAGACUCAAUUGACGUCUCUCUGUUCGACUACGAUGACCUGACGUCCGCCAAUCCUGUCAAGAAACGAAAAGUGACUGGCGAGAACCCUUCGCCACUGAGACAGAGUACGACUGCGCACGAAUCAAAAGCCCCAGACCUCGAUCCACGAUUUCUGUUCUCAGACGACGACUUCGGUCUGCCUCCUUCAAACCCCGCGGCCCAGAAGAAGCCGUCACAAUUGAAUGUGGAGGACUCCGAUCCGAUUAUGUUCACAUCUUCGCUCCCGCUUCCGGAACACAGGGCGAAACCAGCUGUUGCGCAGAAACCAAAUCCCUCGCAGAUUUCUGACAUUAUUACCUUGAACGAUGAUGAUGAUGAUGAUUUCAUGAAAAUUACUACGACCCGAAAAGCUACGCUUAAUAUCGGCCGAGACGAUAUCGAGGAGUUCAGCGAUCCGUUUUCUUUGCCAGAUUUCAAUGACCUGAUUGGACUCGCGGAGCAGGGAACAGCCGCUUCCAAUACGGUUUUUUCCAGUCGGACUGCCGGUUUGUUGUCAAAUAUCAGUGAUCAAAAGGCCAAGAUCAAAUCCAGCUCUAAAGGGAAAGGCCGCUCUCAGAAAGAGGACGGCUCUUUUCCGGCGUUGGGCAAUAUGUCAGACGAAUUGGACGAACCUAUCGAGCCGCGAAGACCAGCCAAAAAAUCCAGUAAGCUUACGUCCGAAGAAAAGGAGGCAAAGGCAAAGGCACGAGAGGAAGCCAAAGCGCAGAAAGAACGGGAGCGCCAGCUCGAAAAAGAGCGGAAGCAAAAGCUCAAGGGAGAAAAAGCUCGGGAAAAACAGCUGGCUGCAGACAUUUCAGAGGUCAACAAGCUCAAGGUGGAUAAGAAGGAUUCUACACCAGAGAUGAUCAUCGACAUGGCAUUGUCACUCGAAGGAAGCAGUGUAGGAAACCAGACCGUCGAGUUCAUGAAACGGCAUGGGGUCGAGCAAACAUUUUUCACAAGCCCGAUUUCGCACGUUGUCAAAUGGCGCCGUAAGAUGACUGCCAAAUACAAUGAAACCGUUGGCCAUUGGGAACCUUGUCCACUCCACAUCCAGGAAGAAAGGCACGUACUAUGUCUUGUUCCAGCGCAAGAUUUUGUUGACAUGGUUAUUUCGGACCCUGAAAACUCAGAAAGGGACACGCUGGAGAUCCAUGUUCUUCGCAUCAAAAGCGCCUAUCCGGACUGCAAACUCAUCUACCUCAUCGAGGGGCUGACGGUUUGGAUGCGUAAGAACCGCAAUUCCCGGAACAAGGCUUAUCAAGCUGCAGUCCUUCGCCAAUACGAACAGAAUGCUGCCACAACGAGCGAAGCUGGUGAAGGCUCGUCCGCUCCUCGGGGCCGCAAAAAGAAGAACAAGCCAGAAACAACACGUCCUGUAGACGACGACACGGUUGAGGAUGCUCUCCUCGCGCUGCAGGUUACACACUCCUGUCUGAUCCACCACACAGGAGCAGCGCCCGAGUCCGCCGAAUGGAUCAAGAACUUCACCGAGCACAUCUCCACCAUUCCCUACCGCCGCGAACGCAUGGAGGGCAAUGAUGCCGCAUUUUGCAUGGAUGUCGGCCAGGUCAAGUCCGGCGAGGACAAGCUCGACACCUUCGUCAAGAUGCUCCAGGAAGUCAACCGGGUUACUGCGGCCAUGGCGUACGGCAUUACCACGCAGUAUCCCUCCGUCACGGAUCUGGUGCGUGCAAUGCGCAUGCAUGGGCCGACCUUGCUCGAGGAUGUCCGGAAAUCUGCAAAUAAAAACGGCGCCUUGACCGACUCCCGUGUUGGUCCUGCGGCUAGCAAGCGAUUGUACAAAGUAUUUACUGGUCAAGACCCUGCCUCGACGGAUGUCUAG